GUGAAAUGUCAACAAAAGUGCCAAGCAUCAAACUGAAAAUUGAUCCUCAGGACCUGCAGAUCCAGACGUUUACGGUGGAGAAAUUAUUGGAACCAUUGAUAAUUCAGGUUACAACACUAGUGAACUGUCCACAGAAUCCCUCUAGUAAGAAAAAGGGUCGUUCCAAAAGAGCUCGUGUCUUGCUAGCUUCUGUGGAAGAAGCCACUUGGAAUCUGUUGGACAAGGGGGAAAAAAUUGCCAAGGAAGCAAUUGUGUUUAAAGAUGAACUUCAUGCAGCACUUGCUGAUGUCCAGAAAGAGAGUCAAGCCUUAAAGGUAUCAGCAGAGGCAUUUACCAGCGAUCCCUGCUAUCUGCCUAAGAGGCAGGCUGUUGUCCAAGCAGCACGAUCCCUGCUUACGGCUGUCACAAGGCUUCUAAUUCUGGCGGACAUGGUUGAUGUGGCAUACUUACUGGAACACUUAACUCUG